AGCCCAGCUGCCAGCCGGAGCCCCCUCUCUGCCCAGCAUGUCUGUCCAGUUGAGCUCCCAGACCUUCAGCUCCCGCUCCGCAGCCUUCCCUCGCCGGGGGGCCCAGGUGCUGCUGAGCUCGGGGGCCUCCAGGGGUGGCUCGGCCGGCCACAUGGGGGGCUUCGGGAGCAGCAGCCUCUAUGGCUUGGGCUCUGGGAGGCCCCGGGUGUCUGUGGGAUUCCGCUCAGGGGGAGGCUUUGGAGCGAAAGGAGCCGGCAUCCACGAGGUGACCAUUAACCAGAGCCUGCUGGUCCCCCUCAAUGUGGAGAUCGACCCCCAGAUCCAGCAGGUGCGCAAGGAGGAGCGCGAGCAGAUCAAGACCCUCAACAACAAGUUCGCCUCUUUUAUCGACAAGGUACGCUUCCUGGAGCAGCAGAACAAGAUGCUCGAGACCAAGUGGAACCUUCUCCAAGAGCAAAAGUCGUCCAAAGGCAGCAGCCUUCCAUCCAUCUUUGAAGCCCAUAUCACCAACCUGAGGAGGCAGCUGGAUGGUCUGCAAGGAGAUAGGGGCCGCCUGGAGGGCGAGCUGAAAAACAUGCAGAAUGUGGUUGAAGACUUUAAGACCAAAUAUGAAGAUGAAAUCAAUAAGCGCACAGCUGCAGAGAAUGAAUUUGUGGUGCUGAAGAAGGAUGUGGACAGUGCCUAUAUGACCAAGGUAGAACUUGAAGCCAAAGUGGAUGCUCUGACUGAUGAGAUCAACUUCCUGAGAACAUUUUAUGAAAUGGAGCUGAAUGAGCUACAGAACCAGAUUUCAGACACUUCUGUGGUCAUCUCCAUGGACAAUAGCCGGAACCUGGACCUGGAUAGCAUCAUUGAUGAAGUCAAAGCUCAGUAUGAGGACAUUGCCAACCGCAGCCGGGCUGAAGCCGAAUCCUGGUACCAGACUAAGUUUGAGACUCUCCAGGCCCAGGCUGGGAAGCAUAGUGAUGACCUUCGAAGCACACGAAAUGAGAUCUCUGAGAUGAACAGGGCCAUCCAGCGGUUGCAGGCUGAGAUUGAAAAUGUCAAGAACCAGCGAGCAAAACUAGAGGCCUCCAUUGCAGAGGCAGAAGAACGUGGAGAGCUGGCUCUCAAGGAUGCCCGGGCCAAGCAGGAGGAGCUGGAGAUUGCCCUGCAAAGAAGCAAACAAGACAUGGCUCGGCAGUUGCGUGAAUACCAGGACCUGCUCAAUGUCAAGCUGGCCCUGGACAUCGAGAUCACCACUUAUAGGAAACUGCUGGAGGGCGAGGAGAGCAGGUUGACUGGAGAUGGAGUUGGAGCUGUCAACAUCUCUGUGUUGAAUUCAAUUGGAGGAAAUCUAGGCAGUGGAGUGAACUUCUCUGGAGCAAUGGGCACCAAUGCCCUUGGUUUCUCCAGUGGAGCUGGAUCUGGGAACUUGAAGACUUAUUCUAUCAGGACCACAUCUUCCAACCGAAGAAACAUCAGAAACUGAGCUUAGGAGCAACUGAGGCUUGAAGGAGGAGUAAUAUCAAGAAAAAAGAGAGAUAUUCCCCGUGUUUCCUAGUUCACCUUUUGAUCUGCCUCCUCUCUCUGGAGCUAUAGUGAGGAAAGAGAUAAGGAGAAGCUGGAUCAGUAGAUGGGUUCUUUCCCUUGUUCCAUACUCCCUUACCCUCACCCCAUUUCCCUUCACCACUAUAUAGCAGGCGAGAAAGUAGAGAUUCAUGUCUCGGGGCAUAUGGGGAGUAUCUGAAAACAAAACAAAAGAAAACAAAACCUCUAAUAAAGUUGUUCUGCUCAGGAGGGU